AUGGUUUAAAGCGCUACCAUGUCUUUGUGCACUCGCUACCUAGAAGACGCCAAGCGGGACUUGCGCAAGGCCGACCGGGAGAUCAAGAGGCAGCUGCGGAUGCUGGACCUGCGGCUGCACCUGCACCGGCUCUGCGACAGCGUGCCGCCGGUCUGCGCGUGCAGCCGGCACCUGCACACGCACUGCUGCUGCGCCCUGCACCCCUACCCGCACUGCCUCUGCCACCUGCCCUGCCGCACCGCCUGCCUCGCCGCCUGCGAGAGGAGGCUCCUCCAGGCCCGCCUCGACAUGGAGCGGGAGCUGGCCAGUACACAAAGAAGAAUUAAUAGGAUGUUGAACGCCACCCAUGACCAUAAGCUUUUAGCUUUAAUGGAUGUGAAGGGUUUUGACCCUGACGAAGUUACUGUGAAGGUGAAAGACGGGAAGGUUAAAGUGUUAGCCGAGCACGAGGAGGAAUAUAACACCUUAAGAGGCAAGGAGUAUAACUACAAAAACAUCAGAAAGGAGAUCAGCUUGCCUCCCGGGGUGGACGAAGAUGAGGUGAUGUACUCCGUAGGACCUAACAGUGUCGUGAAGAUUGAAACGCCGCGCAAGUGCUACCCGUGUCUCAUGAGCCUCUGAGCACGGCGGGGAGCA